UGCAGAGCGUCAGUUUUUUCCCCAGCUAAGAAGGUCGGAACAAUUCCUCCUGUGGGCUUGCAUCAUGGAAGCUAGCAGUCAAUCCAGCAGUCAACAGAUUCUGUGGAAAGAUGUUGAGGUGGGAAAAGAAAAGAAGGCCAAGUACCACACCUACCAGCGAGUGGCUUUGGUUCUGGCUCUGGUCUUCCUCGUUUUGGCUCUCUGUGUUUUCAGCCUAAGAUAUCUGUGGAGCCCCAGUCUGGGGAAGGUGUAUGACCAUCAGUACAAAGCUGUAUUGGAUGGCGUGGAGACAGACAGUGUGAUGGAGAUUGACCCAGGUCAGCACAUUGAGAUCUUCAUAAUGGGGAACGGGAGCGAGGAGGUACUUGAGGUGCACGACUUCAAAAAUGGAAUCACUGGGAUCCGGUUUGCUGAACAUCAGAGAUGCUACAUCAGGACCCAAACUAGGAACCUACCCACAGUGGCAGAGGUGGAGGCUGAGGACGCAGAGUUACUGCAGGUGGAUGAAACUGAGGCCAUGGAUAUGAAGGUGGAGGACUCCCAAGUGUGGGUUCCUGCUGAGGAGCCCAUCGUUAACCCAGCAUUCCUCUUCGACUCCAAGAUCUGGGAGAUUUGCCAGGAGCUGCCCAUCCACUGGAUCCAUCCCUCCCCCCUGAGCGAUUCUGACCUCCGCGAGGAAGAAAAUGUCGACACGCCCGACGCAGAGGUCACAGGUCAACGUUUUGCCCGCGAUGUCCUGGACCACGUACCCGUAAACGACUAUAGAGACGUCGGAAUCGAGCUGGAUAAUCGUCUGGAUGACAACGGCUACUGCUGCCAGCACUGUCGCCGUGGUUACCGCUUCUGCCGGCGCUACCACGAGCCCCUGGGUGGUUUCAACCCGUGGCCAUACUAUUACCAAGGAGGUCGGGUCAUCUGUCAGAUUGUCAUGCCCUGCAACUGGUGGAUCGCCCGUAUGCUGGGGAGGAUUUGAUGAGAGCUGGUGCUGUCUGGGAGCAAAACUGUUCAUGUCAUCAUAGGUGCAAAUUCCCUUAUGAUAAAUUUUCCAGACCACUUGUGAGAGCAAAGCAGUCCAUUGCACACAAUUAUUAUCCAAUCUGAAAUUUGCCCCAUUGAGUAUUAGUCAGUAUAAACAGUCUAAAUGGUGUUUGGAGCAUUUUGAUUCUUUCUUAAAAUGCAUCAGCCAUUUACUGCUGUCUAGUUUUCUUUGUUUAUCUACCCAUUUGGUAUCUCUGCAAUUUGACCCUGUGCAAUGAGUACAAUUUAGUUUGGAAGAUUUCACCAAUAUCAAAUCUUUUCUAAAAUAUACUUCAGGACUGUCUGUCCUUACUUUUCUAUGCAUUCUUUUUUUAUUUUAUUUUAUAGGUUCAACAGAGUUGACCUAUAUACUGUAGUGUAUAAAAUGUACAUACAGUACAACAACAAUAUGUAUAACCUUUAAGUGGUGCUAUCUCAUUAUAUAUUUAACUAUAUAUCUUUUCUCUGUUUUUCUCUGUUUUUUUAAGAUCAUGUUUUAUUAUUUCUUAUAUGACAAAUAUAGCAGAUAAAAACCAAACCAUAAGAUCUCCAAAUAAUGAAGUCAACAUCAUCACAGUGACACAAUAAACAAUCUUGCUUUGGUCAUUCAGCACUUCUUAGAUGCACAAUGUGUUAGAAAUGAUCUAAAACUAAACUAAAAUAUAUAAAGACUCCAGAUGCAGAACACUUUAUGCAAUAUGUUCACAGAAAGGACAAAGUCCAGGCAUCAAGCGUUUCCUGAUUGUCUUCAUGUAUUUCAGCAAAUCCUUUUCUCUGUUUCUGUGUCAUGCUAAGGAAGUGCAGUAUAAUUAAAGACCCCAGCUGUCCAUUUUGAUGUAGUUACUGUUGUGUUAUCCUCCAUUGUUUUCACUGUUGUUGCAAUCCACAAAAUGCUUUAAAUAGUGCAACUGUUCAAACAGUCUCUUCUUUGCUGAGGCGAUUUAAUCUGUAACACCACAUCUCAAUCUGUCAAGCUGAAAUAACUCUCUGCAACUAAGAGAUAAGCAAGCAAGAUAGGCAUUUGUAAUUGAUGUUCUGUCAUCAAAAUAACAAGGUGCAUAAAUGCCCAAGAGUAUUCAAGCUAUGUGGGAUAUUCACAAGUUAAACAGAGAGACAAAAACGCGGAGCACUCACUGUUGUCACAGUUUGCUUUGAA